GCUCACCGCGAAAGGCGGGUUAUUUCUGUUUGUUUGCUUUCUCGCUCCUGAGACGUGUUUAUUUCCCCUCAGAUAUUAGAAAUUGUGUACUUGUUUGGGCAAACUGCCGUGCGACCUGAAAGAAAGCUUUUUAAAAAAAAAAAAUCUGUGGUAAUCUCCAGAUUUGUUAAUACUGAGGACUUGUUGGGACUUCUGUUGAGGCUGUGCCUUCGGUGCGUUUGGUGACAGAAGUGGAAAAGGAAGGGCGUCUGGACCGGGCAGAGGUUCUUUCAUUUUUUGGAAUUGGACUUUGAGCUGGUAGAGCCAUGAGCAACUACAGUGUGUCCUUGGUUGGCCCAGCUCCUUGGGGUUUCCGGCUGCAAGGUGGCAAGGAUUUCAACAUGCCUCUGACAAUCUCUAGUCUGAAAGAUGGCGGCAAAGCAUCCCAGGCAAAUGUAAGAAUAGGCGAUGUGGUUCUCAGCAUUGAUGGAAUAAGUGCACAUGGAAUGACUCAUCUUGAAGCCCAGAACAAGAUUAAGGGUUGUACAGGCUCUUUGAAUAUGACUCUACAAAGGGCAUCUGCCACACCCAAGCCUGAGCCAGUUCCUGUUCAAAAGGGAGAACCUAAAGAAGUAGUUAAACCUGUGCCCAUUACAUCUCCUGCUGUGUCCAAAGUCACAUCCACAUCCAACAUGGCCUACAAUAAGGCACCACGACCCUUUGGUUCUGUGUCUUCACCAAAAGUUACAUCUAUCCCAUCACCAUCGUCUGCCUUCACCCCAGCCCAUGCGACCAUUUCAUCACAUGCUUCCCCUCCACCUGUGGCUGCUGUCACUCCUCCCUCAUUUGCUGCAUCUGGACUGCAUGCUAAUGCCAAUCUUAAUGCUGACCAGCAUUCAUCUGCACUGAGCGCUGGUAAACCUGCAGUUAAUGUCCCACGGCAGCCCGCAGUCACCAGCGUGUGUUCCGAGACUGCUCAGGAGCUAGCAGAGGGGCAGAGAAGAGGAUCCCAGGGUGACAGUAAACAGCAAAAUGGUAACCCUGGCACCGUGAAAACCCCACCCAAACGCCCACCGAGAAAACACAUUGUGGAGCGCAAUACAGAGUUUUAUCACAUACCAACUCAUAGUGAUGCCAGCAAGAAGAGACUGAUGGAGGACACUGAAGAUUGGCGUCCAAGGACUGGAACGACUCAGUCUCGCUCUUUCCGGAUCCUUGCCCAGAUCACUGGGACUGAACAUCUGAAAGAAUCGGACACUGAAAAUACUAAGAAGGCAAACCACACCCAGGAGACUUCUCAGCAGUUGGCGCCAUCAGUAGCUUCAGCACGGAGCAUGCCUGAGAGGCGGGAGAACCCAGCCACCACCAGACCAGGGGUGGCUGGUCUCACAACUGCUGCCGCCUUCAAGUCCCCAGGAUCUCCCAACGUUAUCAAGUCACCAAGCUGGCAACAGCCAAAUCAAGCAGUGCUUUCCCCUGGAAGAAUCUCAAACAGUGCACCUUCAUCAGGAGCAGUAACACCAGCCAACUCAGCUGGGGGACAGCCCCAGCCAGGUGACCAGGAUACAUUAGUGCAAAGAGCUGAGCACAUUCCAGCAGGGAAACGAACUCCAAUGUGUGCCCAUUGUAACCAGGUCAUCAGGGGACCAUUCCUAGUGGCACUGGGGAAAUCUUGGCAUCCAGAAGAAUUUAACUGUUCUCACUGCAAAAAUACAAUGGCCUACAUUGGAUUUGUAGAGGAAAAGGGAGCCCUGUAUUGUGAGCUGUGCUAUGAGAAAUUCUUUGCUCCUGAAUGUGGUCGAUGCCAAAGGAAGAUCCUUGGAGAAGUCAUCAAUGCUUUGAAACAAACUUGGCACGUUUCCUGUUUUGUGUGUGUGGCCUGUGGAAAACCCAUUCGUAAUAAUGUUUUUCAUUUGGAGGAUGGUGAACCAUACUGUGAGACUGAUUAUUAUGCCCUUUUUGGUACCAUAUGCCAUGGAUGUGAAUUUCCCAUAGAAGCUGGCGACAUGUUCCUGGAAGCUCUGGGCUAUACCUGGCAUGACACUUGCUUUGUAUGCUCAGUAUGUUGUGAAAGUUUGGAAGGUCAGACAUUUUUCUCCAAGAAGGACAAGCCACUUUGCAAGAAACAUGCUCAUUCUGUGAAUUUUUGAAAGUCAAUAGUUCAGGGGAGGAGAAGAAAUUUGAAGAGAAAGAGGAGAAUUAGAAUUACCAAUUAAUUUUUAGAUUUAAUAUUUAUAGGAAUUUUGAAAAAUAAUAGUGGCCCUGAAGGGAUAUAUUCCAGCUUUAAAAACCAAGUCAAUGAGGAAAUAUUUGGCUUCAUAAAGUAAAGAGACAGUUUGGCAUUUAUGAUUACUUUUUUCCUGUAUUUUCUGCUCAUAAAAUAACUUUUAUAAAAACCAAUUUCCUGGUUGACUAUUAAAUUCAUCAUAGAAUAAAUUAGUGAAGAAUUAAAUUUUAGAAUAAAAGCCUCUAACAUCUAUGCUGAAUUAAUUAUACUUUCUUUCCUUGUUAGGUAGUUCUGAGUAAAUCUGUCAAAGACAAUGAAAAUUGCCCCUACACUCUAUCAAUGAAUAAAAUGUAUUUUUAAUAGUACUUAUCUUUAAAAUAGGAAGUAGUUUAAACAGAAUUUUAUCAGUAGUAGGCGUCUGUUUUUAAAAAACUGUAUGUACUUUUUUUGUCUUACACCUGACCAUUCCAGUUGGAAAGACCAAUGAGAUUUUCCAUCAAAAUGUGCCAUGCCAAAAAAAGAUGUUAUAUAUUUCUCUCAUUCGCCCCACCAAAAAGCCACCACAUAGCUUAUGUUUCAGAUUUUUGCCUUUUAUUACAAUAUGACCGUUUCUAUUCAUUGUAUAUGUUGUAUCACCUGUAUUAGUCAAACUCCCAUUUUUUUCCCCUUCCCUCAUACUUAAGAGAGUAAGUAGAAAAGAAGGUAUUUGAGAAUCAGAGUAAAUCAGAGGACUGUAUCCAAAAUUUUUAAAAAUUUCCCCCCUUUUCAGACCCUGAAGCCAUUAGAUCAGUUUCAAAUUUGUACUAUUGACUGAUAAAGGCUGAGAACUCUCCUUGCAGAAUAAUUUUUUCCUUAAUUCUACAUUAGAAAAGUAAAGCUUGGGGAUAUGAUAAAAUCUAAGGGUUUUUUUCCUUAUAGUAAUUCUCUCUGAAUAAUAAAUGAACCACUUCCAAAUGUGAUCACAAAGCUUAGAAAGCUUUUAUUCCCAGAGGUUGGUAGUAUAGGAGGGGAACGUGGUCAGUUACUCAGACUGGCUCGUUAUUUCUUUAUUUGGAGAAAAAUUCUAUAGAUAAUACAUGAAGGCAGAGCAAAAAUUGAGGUGAAAUUAUGAAUCCUAUUCAUAUUUACCCAGUGAGAAAACAGAUUAUGACGUUAGAUAGUUUUUCUCUAUUUCCAAAACGGACAGAAGCCCAUUAUACCACUAAGGUAAAAUAUCAGUUCGUCUGGGGCAAGGUGCUUUUAAAGUUGAGACAGAACUCCAAGUCCUUCCUGCCCCGUAGCUCACUAACGACUUCAUUUCCAUUGUGUGCAUGUUUGUUAUAGAGGGAGGCUUUAGGCUCUAAUAUUUGUUUAACCUCCCUAAGAACUUUUCAAGGCAUCUGUCCUGAAAGCUGUUAAUUUAUAGUCUAGGAGAUUUAUAUUAUAUGCAGAUAAUAAUUUAACUGGGAAUAAAAGCAUGAGAAGGGUGACAUGAAGGGGCUUCACCAGUAGCAACUCCAAACUACCUCCUCACCCUGCAUUUGUAGGGAGGCAGGAAGUUUUAUUUUUGAAAUAAAGUGCUGGAACUGAAUUGUACAUUAUUUCUCAUUGCUGCUGAAACCACCUGUAGAGUUCAUGCUGGCUGAUGUGCAUUGUCACAUAUCUUAGUGUCGGUCUCCUGCUUUACACAGUAUAAAGUAAAUUGGUGGUUUUGUUUGGAUGUAAUAGAGAUUUUUUUUGGUUGUUUAGUUUUACCUUUAUAGAUUCUAUGCCAAGAUAGUAUUUGAAAAGUCAGUUGCAUUUGGGUAUUUCCUUUCAAGAAUUUUAUUUGACCUGGAUUUCUUAUUAAGUUAACUUACAUUAAGUAAGGAUAUCAUUUUUAUUAGACUUUUCUUUGUGUACAUUAUUCAUGGAGCAUAAUGUUGCAUUCCUCUAAAUUUUAUCCCUAAAAAGAUAACAUUGCUUCCUAAUUUAUCAUUUUGUCUUUGUGCUUUGUCCUUCUUUGUGGCAAAGCUUUAUAUCUGUUGCUAAAACAGUUAAUCCUAUGAAGUAAAUAUUGAUUAUAACCCAGAAGAAUCUCUGUAUUUUCCAGUAGGGAAUGCCAUAUUUAAUGCACCAGCAUUUAAUAACAAGCAGAGCACUUUAUUCUUCUGGUGAGCUCCCUGAAUAUUUAUUUUUCUGAUUAUAAAUAUUCCAUAUCAGUAGCAUUUUUUUAAUUGUUACCUCUUUACUGUAGAGCAUUUACUUUUAGUUUUUCUUGAUGUAUAUUUUGGAAUGCUGUACUUAGUAUAAGACAGAUUUAAAUUACAGUAUAUGACUCUUAAACAUCCCUUACUUGUAUUUCCCAGAUUCAGAAUACUAAUGAUAGAUUCCAGUUUAUAACAUUUUUCUAGAGUUACAAAGGCUAAAUGUUGCCUGCUAGAAAGGCAGCCUAGAGAGGUCCCUGCUGCUUAUGUUUAUAGUAGCGUACAUACUUCUUGUUGAUUCAGGUUACAUUUAGAGUCUAAAACUAAAGCCUAGUCAUUUGGUCACAGUAUUAAGACAAAUGGAAAUAAGAAUUUAAAUCUUCAAAAUAUUAGUGUAGCCUAUGAUUAAAAAUUAUCUACAACAAAAAUGUUUUCAUGGUGCCAUUUUCAAGGGGUAGUAUAAUAGGACCACUUCUAUAGAAAAUAAUUCCUUCCUCUGUCUUGUUAGUGCGAAUCUAGUGUUAUAUUAACAUUUUUGUGAUGUUUAGAGCUUUUUAAAUAAUCUCUAUUGAAAAAAAGAGGCUUUUCAAACAGAAGGGAAGGGAAAACUGAAUAAUUUCACACAAAUCUAGUGCAGCUUCAGUUUGUCAUCCUUUUCCUCCAGAUGUUUUAAGGUAUUGGGUUUGGAUUCUCAGAGUAUCAUUUGCCUUAUCUGUUCAUCUCUAUUUUCUGUUUCUUCACAUUAUUACGUUUGUAUACAUCUGUACUGUUUUGCUUUUGGAUACAUUUUCUAAUUAAAAACCAUGUGAGAAAUGUAAUCAGUAUAGUAAUACCUUAAUGUGCACAUAAUAAAUAAAUGGCUGCAGUGAUAC